AGUUUGCGCAAAGCCCCAGGAGGCGUGGCUUACGUGUCGGCGGCUUCUGGGGCCGGCUGGGCGGGGUGCUGGGUUGCCAGGACGACCGUAGCGGGUUAGUAGCAGAGUCGUUUGGAGACUCCCGACGCGUAGAGGACUGAGUACCAGUGGAGAGGUCGUUCGCAGUGGCCGCUUCCCGAACCAUGGGCAGCAAGAAGAAGGAAAUUGCUUUGCAGUUUUUGGCGGACACAACAUCUUUGUUGGUCAACAUCAGCACCCAGGAGCUUUGGGAAGAAAUGCUGAGUUCCAAAGGACUAACUGUUGUUGAUGUCUACCAAGGCUGGUGUGGCCCCUGCAAACCUGUGGUAAGCCUCUUCCAGAAGAUGAGGAUUGAGGUUGGCCUGGACCUUCUGCACUUUGCAUUAGCAGAGGCAGAUUGUCUUGAUGUCCUCGAAAAAUACCGAGGGAAGUGUGAGCCAACCUUUCUGUUUUAUGCAGGAGGAGAACUGGUGGCUGUGGUCAGGGGAGCAAAUGCUCCACUGCUGGAGAAGACCAUCCUCGACCAACUGGAGGCUGAAAAGAAGGUGCUAGCUGAAGGCAGAGAACGGAAAGUGUCUCUACUUAAUGCUUGUGAAAAGAGGCAGACUCUAACAUUUAAGAUCAGCAUGAAUUUCUUGGUCCUCCCUGUGACCCUUCACCCUGCUACUAAAAAGGAUCUUAUUAAAGAUGAGGCUCUUUCUGAUGAAGACGAAUAUUUUCUCCAUGAAAAAAACGUUGGAGAAGAUGAGGAUGUGGCUCUGCACUCUUCUUCCCUUACUGCUGAAGCAUCAACUCAUUUUCACUCAUGGGCAACUUGGCUGGCCAGUGAAGACAGCUGGGAGUCAGUAUCAUCAGAGAAGACCUGUACCUUGGCAAUCAUUAAGCCAGAUGCAGUGGUCCAUGGAAAGACUGAUGAGAUUAUUAUGAAGAUCCAAGAAGCUGGGUUUGACAUUCUAACAAAUGAAGAGAGAACCAUGACUGAGGCAGAAAUGCGUCUUUUCUACCAACACAGAGCUGGAGAGGAGGCAUUUGAAAAGCUGGUACAUCACAUGUGCAGUGGACCAAGCCAUCUCCUUAUCCUCACCAGGACCAAGGACAGCGAGGAUGUGAUUACUGCCUGGCGAACCCUAAUGGGGCCCUGUGACCCCUGUGUGGCCAGGAGAGAGCAGCCUGAAAGUCUCCGGGCUCUGUAUGGCACAGAGAUGCCCUUCAACGCUGUCCAUGGGAGCCGAGACCGAGAAGAUGCCAGCAGAGAGCUGGCAUUACUCUUCCCCAGUGUCAAGUUUUCAGAUGAAGAUGUGGAGGCCCCUCAGGGAAGAAGAAAUAUUGAAGAGUUCAAGGGCUGAUGGAGCCUCUCUCUUGCCUAUGGACCCUCCAUAGCAGCAGUACCCUGUCUUCUUCAGACCUGAACAUUUUAGGAGGUUCCUAACUAAGAUCUGCCUUUGUACUCACAUUCAGAAAAUACUCCCCAGGAGAAAAGACACAUACCUGCUCUUUGACCUCAAUGUUAUGCUCCCCUUCCAGAAUAAGGGUGACGGCUUGCAUAAUUUGCUUUCCAUGAGUACUCAUUAUUUUAUCUAUAUGCUGUAAAACAAUGGGAAGGCCACGGUUAUCAUCUGGGAAAUGAAAAGCCCACAGAAAGAACAGAAAGCUUCUAAAAGUUAACAUUCUAUGAUACACAGUUGCUUCAAGCAGAACAACACAGCAUAUAGAACGAGAUGCCAAAGAAUAGUAUUUAUUAUACUGUAAAGCUGCACUUUGCCUUCAAAUACGUUUCUGAAUGACUUUACUACAAAAAGAACAUAGAGUUGGUCUGAUAGAAUACAGAACUAAAAUCAGUGGGAGUCCUCAAGCCCAAAGAUAUUAAACAAAAAGGAAGCAUAAAAUUAUGGAUUGGGGGGCAGACAUGGAAAAUACAGUGUAGGUAUUAAUACUAUCUUGGAGCACAACUGUAUGAAGAUGAUUCAAAAGACAAGCAAAGCACAGAGAAGUAAAAUAUGACCAUGUUUCUUCAUCCACCUGAAGUGGUCACCUGACAUGGUUGGUCAGGGAACACCACAGAACUACACUGAGUGUGACCCCACCAGCAAAGCUGUGCCUCUUCUAUUGACAAAUACCCACUAAUCUCCACAAUGACAUCUCCAGAGGUUAAUCCAAUAAAUGUGGGAGGGGAAGGUAUGGGAGUGUCUAUGGAAUGGCAUUAAGAAGAGUUCUCUAAAUUCAAUCAAGCAGAAACCUCAGAGAUAAAUGAUUCAGGCAGAUGAAAAAUGUGGCCAGCAAACCAAGCAAGAAUAAAGUAACAAAUCAAGGCAGAUAUAUAUUUGGUGCAAAGGGAGGACAGACAGAUAGGAUGGGCAGUACAGCAGUGUUGGGCAGGGGGGCUCCCAGAACACCUAUGAAUGUGGCAGGUCAAGACAUCAACUCCAUGCUUCUCUGAAAAGGGGCAACAUUGAGUCAUACUCAUAGGUAGAUGUUGGGGAGCAGAGACAGCAGUAUUGGGUUAUGGACACGGAGGGCUAGCUAAUCUGGAAGCCUGGGUGAUUUUACUUACAGGUCGAGUAGAAAGGAGAUUUCUAAGAAGUCCCAAUGUCUUCAUCAGCACGUUCAAAUCUGAAUCUGAUAAUAACCGGAAUAGCUGUUCAGUACUCAAGCUUCGUAAAAUAUCUGCUUUUAUUUUUUGUUCAGCCUGAAAUGCCAUAUUCUGAAAGGAUUAAAGAAGUUGCAAGAAUCAUUUCUAUAUUUAUUUUAUUAAAUUAUAUAAUUUUUAUUUUUGUAUUAAUUCUGAUAAUUUUCAAAGUAUAAACAGAAUCUGUUAAAAUCCUUAAGUAUGAGUAAUACUAUUUUUCUGAUUCCUGUUAAUUUCCUAUAUUUCUAUUUGUCAAGAGAAGGAUAACUGCUACUCUUAGGUAUACACCUAUAAUGAUGAAUAUGAUUACUUUUUGGCAUGGGCAUUUGAAGGUCUUAAGGUUUCUCAGAUAAAUACAAAAUGUAUUUAUUACUUUUGAGAAGUAAUAAAUACAUUUUAUAUUUAUGGUUAUCAAGUUGUUUUCCCUGUAUUUUAGUAACAAUAUGACCAUUUUUGUAAAAAAAUUAUGUUUAGUUGUAGACAGAUACAAUACCUUUGUUUAUUUAGUUUUUUUUUUAAUGUGGUACUGGAGAUUGAACCCAGCACCUCACACGUGCUAGGCCAGCACUCUACCCCUGAGUCAGAACCCCAGCCCUAACCAUAUGACUAUUGAUAACUAUACUGUGCCAUGCAUUUUGAAAACAAUUUCAAAGUACUCACUUAUUAUAGAUGAAGAUAAGCAGUGAUGUGCUAAUUCUACCAGCAUGAGAGCACCUAUUGUGUUCCUAAUACUAUGCUAGGUAUUGGAUGACUAGGAUCUAUCACACAGGAAAUUUUCCAGGGAGAAGAAGGUAUGUCCUGGCUACCAGCAAACAGUAGCUACUUUGUUCCUUUUUAUUAUUCACAUUAUGAAUUAGCCCAGCUAAUUGAAAACUAUAAUAAUAUGUCUGAAUUAAAAAGAAACAACCUACCCACCCAAAACAAAAACAUGGCAAAUUCUAAAUCAUAACUCAUCAACUUUUGAUAUAAAAAUCUCUUUAAGUAAUAUGUAGCUAUUGCCUUCCAGGAAUUUAUUUUAAUUAAGGAGCUAAAACAUGAGAGAUAAAGUUACCAAUGAUGCAAGACAAUAUGGUAGAGCAAAAGGAGUAUUAGACCUAGACCAUUGCAUCUUGGACUUUUGAUUAAGAUCAAGUGAAGAGAUCCAGGCUGAAGACAAGUCCAAUGUUGUAUAUUUUGUAGGUAGAGAACAUGGCAACUAAUAAUAUGGAGAUUGUUGAAAAUAAGAUUGUUUGUCUGAACUUUUAGAGUGGGGUGUAAGUUCAGUUUCUCACAUUAAAGUUGCUAUUCUCAGGGAGUUCUCAAAUGAAGUUCCACAGGUUGUUUAAGUGAUAGAUCUUGGGAACAGAUAACAGCCAUAUCCAGAUAUGUAGGUUUUGAAGUAACCUUUUCCAUUAUGGGGAGUUCCUGAAACUGAAGUGUGAAGUGAAACUUGGGGGAAUGUUCCCUGAAAAGAAGGUUGAAAACGAGGCUUAAUAAAAAGUGAAUUAAAAAAAAAAAAAGUCCCAGGACAGAGUUUUAAGAAGAAAAAGAGUUUUAAAAGCAGUGUGAA